CCAGCGUGGGGCUGGGGAGCCACCAGGACGGGGGCCCUGUGCCCUGCUGGGAUGGAGAGCGCCCGGCCCAUCCUCUGCCUGCAGCUGUGGCUGUGGGUGCAGAGCUCUGCCCAGGAGCUCGACCCUGAGGGCAGGAACGUCUGCAGGUUCGCGGCCGGCCCGGAGUGCUGUCCCGGCUGGCGGCAGGAGGGCAGGGCGUGCACGGUCGCCGUGUGCGAGGGGGAGGACGCCUGCAGAGAGGGCGAGGUGUGCGUGAAACCCGGGCUGUGCCGCUGCCAACCCGGCUUCUUCGGAGCAGACUGCAGCUCCCGCUGCCCCGAGCAGUACUGGGGCCACGACUGCAAGCGGAGCUGCCCGUGCCACCCCAACGGGCGCUGCGACCCCGCCAGCGGCCGCUGCACCUGCGACCCCAACCACUGGGGAGGGCUGUGCCAGUUCCCGUGCCAGUGCGGCCCCCACGGCCGCUGCGACCCCCUGAGCGGCGCCUGCCACUGCGAGCCGGGCUGGUGGGCACCCAACUGCAGGAAGCAAUGCCCGUGCAACCCCUCCACGUCGCAGUGCGACCCCCUGAGCGGGCUGUGCCGCUGCCAGCCGGGCUGGUGGGGCCGGAGGUGCAGCUUCAAGUGCUCCUGCAAUGUCUCGCCCUGCGCGCAGGAGACGGGCAAGUGCGAGUGCCUGCCUGGCUACUGGGGACCGGCGUGCCAGCGGCGCUGCGACUGCGGGCACGGCUCCUGCAGCCCCGCCAGCGGCCACUGCACCUGCGAGCCCGGCUACCAGGGCAGGAGCUGCCGGGAGCCCUGCCCGGCGGGGAAAUACGGCUCUCAGUGCGUGCACAGCUGUGGGAGCUGCAAGCGCAGCCAGCCCUGCUCACCCGUGGAUGGUUUCUGCCUGGCCUGCCAGCCCGGCUGGAACGGGACCCUCUGCAAGGAUCCCUGUGCUCCUGGAUUCCACGGGGAUGGCUGCCUCCAGCCGUGUCCCCGCUGCCUGCACGGGGAGCCCUGUGACCCCCAGACCGGGUCCUGCCUGCGCUGUGACCCCGGCUGGACGGGACCCAGCUGCAACAUCUCCUGCCCUGUGGGCACCUUUGGUGAUGGCUGCCAGUUCCUCUGCCCUGAGUGUGUUUCAGGGAGCUGUGACCCCGUGACAGGAGUUUGCAUCUGCCAGGCAGGCUACUGGGGAGACAGCUGCAACAACACCUGUCCUGAGGGCUAUUUUGGAGUGAAUUGUUCCUCACCCUGCCAGUGCUCCCGGGGGACCUGUGACCCUGUGCAGGGUGACUGUGUGCUGAGUUUGAAGGACCAUGGAGCCCUUGCAGCUGCCAUCCUUGUCCCUCUCCUGCUGCUGCUGCUCUGUGUUGCCUGCUGCUGCUGUGGUGCCGGCUCAGCAGAUGCCAGAGACAGGGCGGCUGUGUCGGACGAUGGUGUGCUGGCCAGGAUGAAGCACCACGUGCAGGGGGUGCUGGCCAACCUCAGUGCUCUCAUGCCCUGCUUUAACCUGGGCACCUCAAAACUUCCCAAAGUCACAGUUUCCCACCACGACAUGGAAAUCCCCUAUAACCCCAGCUUCAUCGAGCCCCCAUCGUCUGCGUGGGUUUCAGACAGCUCCUUCUCCUCCUUCGACACCGACAACGAGGGACCCGAGUACUCCGUCCCUCCCAGAGAAGGCAUCCCGCUGCUGGGCGGGGCAGAGCUGCAGGACGGAGCAUCCCCCGCUGCCGAGGCGCUCCCGGACCCGUCCGCCUUCGACUCCGAGGAUGUCUCUCAGCCCUUCGCCAUCCCCCGCACCUCCAGCAUCGCCAAGGCCAAGCGUCCCUCUGUGUCCUUCGCCGAGGGGACAAAAUUCGGGGCUGCCGAGACGCCCAGCCCCAGCAGGAAGCCCAAGGCUCCGUGGGGCCCAUCCAGGCUGACCCCACCGCCGGGGGAUGCGGCGGCCGAGCCGCCCAGCGAGAGCCCGGCCAGCGAUUGCUACGAGAACGCCGAGCCCCUCAGCAAGGGGGACGAAAGCCACCGGCCAUCGCCCCGGGCCACGCCGGGGGGACGCCGCAGGGUGGUGUCCAGCACCAGGCAUGUGGCGCAGAGAGUGGAGGCGCUGGAAGCGGCUGCGAGAUGCGGCAGCUGGGAGGCCAAGGGGAAGGAACCCAAUGUCACCACCAUCUACAUGAUGGUGGGAACGGCAGGGCACGACCCCAAGGCGGAGGGGAGUGGCGAGGGACCGGUCCAGGCUGUGCUGAAGCGUCUGGGCAGCUUGCAGAAGGGCAAGUGGUCUGCGAAGGAGGAGCCCAAGGUGAGGAGGAGCAUGGAGGCCAUUCAGAAACCUCCUCGCCGGGCUCUGGCGCAGCGCAGGGACUCGGAGAACGGCUGCAAGCAGAGGGAGAGUGUGCCGGGGGCUCCUGCCGAGCCAGCCCCGGGCAAGCAGCAGCAGCAUCCCGCUGCCAAGAGACUGUCCCUGCUCCUCGCAUCUCUCUCGUCAAAAAGCACCGGUGCCCAGGACGGGGCCAGCGAAACGGCAGAGAAGGGGAAAAGCCCGGAGUUAGUUGGCAGCCUGGAAAGGAAGGGACAGGAUGCCGCGGAGGAAGAGCCGAAAUACGAGAACGUGGCCAGCAGCGGAGCUGAAUCGCCCUCCGGCCCCGGCAAGGAGCUGCCGGGCAGCGCUCCGGGCACCUGAGGCGGCACCGCCCGGGCUGGGGCCGCGGGAGCACCGCGCUCUCCAACCCCGGCCUGGGCAGCCGAGCGCGCUCCGAGCUGGGAACUGGAGGAGCAUCGAGCCUUCCUGGCGACCCUCUCAGCUCCAGAGCUGUGAACUGGAGGAGCAUCGAGCCUUCCUGGUGACCCUCUCAGCUCCAGAGCUGUGAACUGGAGGAGCAUCGAGCCUUCCUGGUGACCCUCCCUGCUCUGGGACCACAGUGGGGACAGCCCGUGGGGUUGUGGUGCUCGAGGGCUGUUUUCUGCUCCUCGCUGCCCUACCAGCCCCACUUGUGGCUGCACAGCCCCGGGGGACAGCAAUGCUCUGGAUGCUGUGGUGGCUCCCUCAAGCCCCUGUCACCACUGGGGACAUACCCAAUGUAGGGCUGCUGAGUGCUAGGAAAUGCAUGCACAAAAUCCACUCUCACCCCAUCAGUUUUCACCUUUCCCUGCCCCAAUUCCCCUGAGCCUCUUGCUGGAAAGGUGCUUCUCACUGAAGGGGAAUAUUUUGUGGAGCUGGGCUGAGGAGAGAUGAUGGGCUGUCACAAGCAGCUUCAGAGAAAAUUAAUUUUAGCUGCUUAUCUCAAAGGGUAUCUGGGUCUGCAGGGGUUUAUCUGUGUGGCUCUGGCUUCUGUGGCAGGCCCUGGCUGCCUUUGCUUCCAUGUGGAAAAGCUCAUGGCAGGACACAGGGGAUAGUGACAGCCUUUUAAACUCCACACAGUUCCAGGCUGCAGUUGUGCAAACAUGGCAGCUGGGCAGUGACCAUCAACCUGUGCACCUGGUUCUGUGCUGAUAAGGAUGGAAGUUGCCUGGAAAAUGGGAUUUCCACGGGUGCCCUAAGCUCCUGCCACCUCCCACGCCUCAUUCCUGCUGUGAAGGCAGCUGAGAUGCUAAAGAGGAUUUGCAGAGUGAUCUGGUUUUAGAUGUAUCUAAGUAGUAGAAGGUUUUUGUGUAUUUUUUUCUCUGUUAUUUCACUUGGUGUGAAAGCCUUGGAAUGAAAAUUAAAUGCCCUUCAGGAGAUGGGUUUCCCAGCCGCCCUUUGAGUCAAAGAUAUAACCAGGAAUAUUCUCCAGAGUGUGGAAACUGUCAGCAGCCUCAGGCUUUCCGUUUGGGAAAUUUUUUUUUAGAUUUUCUGUCUCUGUUGAAAUCUGAAUUCUCACUCACUGAGCUGAGCCCUGUGCAGAGCCCAGGACUGGAGUGCAGGAGGAAUGUGAGUGGGCUGUGAGUGUCCAGAGCCCCUCUGCUCAGCCUGCACCUCACACAUCAUGUGGAGAGCUCCACAUGAAUCCUUCUGGUCUGGCACUGCUCAGCUGGGCUUCAGGGUUUGGGGUGUUUCAGAAAAACAGUGGUUUUGCUUUUUUCCUUUUGCUUCCCAUGGGUGCUUCUCCACAGCACAAGGCACCAAAUCCCCACAGUCUGACAUGGCUGAAGCUUCCAGUUUUGCAACCAGCACAAAGCACCCUUUCCUGCAGUGGAAUCAUCUGCUGCUGGGAUUAUAACACCAAAUAUUCUGGCAUCCAAAUAAAACUGCUCAUCCUGGCAGGACUGGAGCAGCAGCCUGUUCUGCACGGGCUUGCUUUUGUUUUGACACCAUUUUAUGACAGCAGCAGGGACAGUCCCACAUUUGAUUUAUAAGCAGCCAUUUUUUUUCCCUAAUGGGAUGGAUAUUUUGAGCCUGUGAGCUGAGCAGUGCUGUGCCAGAAGUGAACACCACGUGAGCCAGUUCACUCUGGGUGCAGCAUGUAAAUAGCUGACAACAACCUGACAGCCUCAAACCAGCCCCUGGCUUGAGAAAAUGCUGCUGCUGGGAGAACCUUCCUUGUCCAUGGAGCCAGGAUGUUUCCCCUGCUUGAAGAUGAAGCAUCUUGGCCGUGUCUGGGCAGUGAAAGGGAAAUGAGCUGCAAAUUUCCAGCGUGUGGCUGCCCAUGCACGCUCCUGCAGCGUGGCUGCGCUGGUGCUGCUUGCUGGGGAUGCUUCUGUCGGGUUAGCUCUGGGUGUGGGAGGUCUGCAAGGCAGAGCUGGCUGGGGAAUCUCUUCCCGUGCUGGAUUUCUGACUUUGCAGAGCUGCUGCAGCGUUUGGAAGGCAGGCAGUGGGAAGGGAUCCAUGUGCAGGUGCUGUCUGUGAGCAGAGAGGUGUCUGUGUGCUCUGCUGGGGCAGGAGCAGAGGCUGGAGCUGUUCCUGGGGUCUGUGCCAUGGUGGUCUGUCCUUGUCAUCCUGUCAGCCCUGUCAUCUCCUUUCCCAAACUGCCCAAGCCUUUGAGGAGCACCGCAUCAUUUAGCCCAGUGGCUGUGCCAGAGCAGGAGCUGCCACCUCCCUCCCAGCUAAACUCAUUCCUGGCCAGUUUCUAAAAACACAUCUCUGUGUCAGUGCUGUUCUUC